AUAAUAAUCCACCACCCCGGCGUAUUUUAUCCUACGCUGGGCCUCACUCCUCACUCUCUUCCUCUUCCUCGCCCGCUCAUACUCUUCCUCCUCCUCCUCCUACUUUCCUUCUCCCUUACACUCACUGACGCUCCUGAUUCUCCUCUUCCCGCGUCUUCCUCUCCCUCCCUCCCACUCAGACGAACAGGGUAGUGUGCUAAAGUGACCGGCACCAUGGGUGUCUCAGGGAAAUGGUUUAAAGCAUUGGUUGGUUUAAAGAAGUCUGAAAAGUCACAGUCUUUGGACAAGGAUGAAAAUAGGACGAGUGCCAGCAAGUUUCGGCAUAGGAGGAAGCAUUCGGUUGAGUUUGAUGGUGAUAAAUUUGAAGAGGAGUUUGAUAAUCAUGACAAUGUAGCUACAGUUGGUGAUACCAACGUUGUUUCCGUUCCAGAUGCGUCGGAAUCUCCUUCUGCUUCACUUCAAGUUCAGGAUGUUGCUCAUAAUCAACAAGUUCUGAGAGAAGAAUGGGCUGCCACUCGCAUCCAGACAGCUUUUCGAGGGUUUUUGGCAAGAAGAGCUCUUCGAGCUUUGAAAGGAUUAGUGAGACUGCAAGCCCUUGUUCGGGGCCAUGCUGUGAGGAAACAAGCUGCAAUAACUCUUCGCUGUAUGCAAGCUUUGGUGAGAGUUCAGGCUCGUGUCCGUGCAAGACGUGUUCGCUUAGCAUUGGAGAGUCAAACAGCUCAACAUAAACUUCAGCAACAACUAGCUAAUGAGGCUCGCGUUCGAGAAAUAGAGGAAGGAUGGUGUGAUAGUGUGGGAUCUGUUGAACAAAUUCAAGCCAAGUUGCUGAAGCGGCAGGAGGCUGCAGCUAAGCGUGAGAGAGCCAUGGCAUAUGCUUUGGCCCAUCAGUGGCAGGCUGGGUCGAGACUGCAGGCUGCUCCCUCUGGGUUUGAACCUGAUAAAAGCAGUUGGGGCUGGAACUGGUUGGAGAGAUGGAUGGCUGUUCGCCCAUGGGAAAACCGCUUUCUUGACAUAAAUCUCAGAGAUGGAGUGAUGAUUUAUGAAGAUGAAACAGCUGCUGAGGUCAAGAAUGGCAGCAAAUCCCAGCUAAAAACUACUACCAAGAAAGGAGUUGCCUCAAACCUUCAAUCAACCAUUUCAAGUCAGAAAACAGGUCCAUCUCAUUCUGAUGGUGGCAGUUCCUCCCCUAGUAAGUCAGCAGGCAUCUUUGAUGUGCCCGACACUCUUUUUACUAAACCAAAGCCAAAGCUAGUUCUUGAAGACCUGGUUGAAGAAGCCAACUCAAGACGUGCUAUUGUUACAAGAUCUCACAGCAACCCAAAGGAGAGAACUACCCAACUAGAUAAACAGGCAAGGAAGAGAUUGUCUCUGCCUAACAGUGCAGGGGGGGGUACUGGCGCUCAGGUAGCCAGGCAUAGCAGAAACGCUACUAGAGGGGCACCUAGCUCUCAGAAGCCCAUCAAGGAUAGAUCCAAGUUAAACGGGAAAGGAGAUCCAAACACCGCAAAGUCUGUUGCACAGGCUGUUUGAUCUGUAAAGUUGAGAAACCAUGGAAGAUUUGACUCAUUGAGGCUAUUCUCCUAUCCUGCUGCGGUGUCACUUUGUAGAUAUACUUCCACGUUGCGAAAAGAUGCAGGCAAAUUGCAUGCAUUGCCUGUUAUAAAAACCUGGGUUGGUUUUGACACGGCGAAGUCGAGGAGGUUGGCUUGGCUUGUCAGAGUAAUAAGAUAAUCAGGUUUGGUUGAUGAAUGUUGUAAUCAUGUUUAUUUAUUGUUUUUAAUUAUGUCAUUGUGCAGUAUUUAUUUUUGAAAUAUAUGAUUUUCAGAGCAGUUGCGCCACUGUAGGAUUCUUUCCCGGUUCCCCUGUUUGAAGAGCGUGUAAGCAUUAGUUAUGCAAGAAGAAAGUAAAAAAAGGAAAUAAUGUUAUUUUGUAGAAUAUUCCAUAAAUUGGACUAUAGUUUUCUUA